UACCGGAGUUUCAAAUCAGGAUCCAUUCACGGUGAAGGGAAACGUCUCCUACUUUCACAGCCCCCUCCUCCCUUGGAGCUGUGCAAAGGACACUGGCAUAAAACAGAAGCAUUUCCGGCACAAUAAGCACGCCUCUCUGAGUACUGAUGUCAACACAGAUAGAUAGGGAGAGGAGGACCCAGGUGAGCUUUUGCCCCAUGUUAGCAUCGAGCGUCCCCACCCCUCGCACCUCUCCCAGAUUCAAGCUUGGACUCCCUCGUGUCAUCACUUACCGACACCAUCUCUGCCGUGAUGGCCAAGAACCGCUCUCCAGAUAAGAAAUCCAGGAGCCGGACCAAGUUCGUGGAGUAUGUAGGUUCCUUUACAGUGGAGGAUCAAGAUCUUGAUGAAAAGACAUGGCGGAUCCACCAACAGCUUCAUAUUCUGAAGAGUCUUCCUCGAAAAAUGGCAGUAAUACUAAAAUUCUCAUCACAAGGAAUAAAGAUGUACAAUGAAAAUAAAGAGACGCUGUUGAUGGCUCAUGCCCUGAGGAGAAUCUUGUACACAACGUGUCAACCGGCAGAUUGUCAGUUUGCAUUUGUCACACGCAACCCCUACAGACCACCAAGUGAGCUCUUCUGCCAUCUGUUUGUCACCACACAGCCGAAUGAGGCAACCAUUCUGAAUUUGCAGCUGUGCCGGUUGUUCCAGGUUGCUUCCUGCACAAAAUACCGAAGAGAACAACACAGCAAUGUUUCUGCUACCCAGCACCCUAAACAGGAAAUUCACCAAGAAUCAUCCUCUCCAGUUUCAACUAUUCCUACAAGACAUGGGAGAGAGCGCUAUGGAAAAAUGGAGGUUUCCUUGAAUGUCAGUGCCUUGGUCUCCUUCAAGAGACCAUCACGGCAGGAGGAAAUCAGAUCAUCAGAAGAAAUAGAUACUGAGGAAACCAUUAAAAGUGAAAACUAUGGUUGCUGCACCAGUAAAACAGGGGCACAUGAUUCCACAAGUGGUUCUAAGGUCCAAUCAAAAGUACUGGAGCCUUUUGAAAAAUCUUUAGAAGACUGUCCAUUCUCUUCGCUCACAUUAGUGCGAAAGAAAGCGAUACGUAACAAAGGGAUCAGGUCAGGAGCUUACAGGAGUUCUACCUUCAAGAGACAAUUCCAACAAGCACUAGCAGAUGGCUACAGUUGCAGCUUGGGAGAUGAACUCAUGGAAUCCUGGAAAGCGCUCGCACCACUGCAACAUGAAGAAGUAUUGAUGGAUACAGUUUGGGCCAGUGCUGGACUACCCAGGGAUUAUGCCACAGCACUACUAAAACGUGAUGUAAUGGGAGCCUUCUUAUUGUGGGUGAAUCCUGGCCCCCUACAGUGUUGGACACUAAUGAUGAGGACCCCAUUUGGUGUGAUAAAUUACCUCAUCUGUAAAAAUGAUGAAGGCAACUAUUAUUUGCAGCAAUUGAACACAUUAACGUUUCCCAGCAUAAAAGCCUUGAUAGAACAUUACACAGCAAAUGAAGAUGGUCUCUUUUGUUGUCUAAGUGUUUCAAGGGUAAAUCACUGCUAUGAAGAACAUGAUUCUACUGAACACUAUUGUUUGCACCCAGUCCAAAGCAAACCAGAGGACAGGCAGAUUGCUUCAGAUUAAUGAUGUUGAAUUUCCAAAAACUGAUAAGGUUGCUUUUUGCAGGUCAUAUCAAGAAGCUGGCUGCCUGUUAUAAUGUGCAGAGUGGUUGAGGAAAAUUUAAUACGAUAAAUUUGAAUCCACCACAGAUAUUGUCUCAUGUUCAGUAACAUCAGACACUGCUCCAGUGGUCCCAGACUUUACUGUUAUGGGGAUUGAUCUCAAUAGCAUGUGGGAAGUUGUAAUAAUAACACUGUCCUGUGAUUCAAACAGGAUACUUAUAUACAUCGCAUGUAUGUCCCUUUAGUCCCUUCUGUGGCAGACCAUGCUAGCACUUAAUGAGUUGAAGUGUGAUACAAAUCAUUCAAUUGCUUUACUUCACAGCAAAUGCACAGACAGUUAUGAUCAGAUUAGAAAAGUUCAAUUAAUAUCACCCAUUAUGGCAUUAAGAUACAAAAUAGAAACACACUUCACCAUCAGUGACAUGUUUUCAAUUAAUGUAGGAAAGAGGGUUUAUCCUCUAAUAUUUUUAACCUCCAUGCUAUUCAGUUUCAAGAAAGCACAUCUUUGUGUGCUUGUUUCUCUUGGUUUGGAAGAGCUUGACGGUAAAAGAACUUUGAAACACAGGCUUUGGUAUCCUUCGCUCACCCAGAUGGGCAACCAAAUUUCUAAUCUCUGUUUAGCGUCUGGAUUUAGUGCCUCUUAAAUAGUUGAUGAGAAUGUGCAUUGUACAAACAGAAUGAAAAAAACAGCACUUCCUGUGGAAAUAUUGUCCAAAGUACUAAAAUGUAAUAGCAAUCUGUGCAAGAAUAAUGGUUAACUUAAAGCUUGAAGCCAAGUAAGGGAUACUGUCUAAGCAAAUUAGCUGAUUGAAAAUGUUUUGAGGAAUGGUCAAUUGCAAGAUCUAAAUGACCCUAGAUUUUUCUCUUCAGCUGCUGUUCCACAAAAGUACAUUUUAGACUUUUGCUGACUUUAUUGAGAUGCUAUGAGGAGAGAGGAGGUGAUACUUAGAAUUGCCCACAGCUUUAUCCAAUUUCUUUCUGUGCCUGUGAGAAUGUGCAAAUUUCAGAAGUUGCUUAAAUACAAUC